AGGAGAGCGGGCUUAGUUACCAGGUGGUGAGACGCGCUGGGAUUGUGAUGUUGCUGCCGCCGCGGCUGGUACUGAUAGUGGCAGGCGCGGAGGCGCUCGCUCCAUUCACCCAGACGCACAUGAUGCAAAACUAGCUGAGGCGUGGAGGUUUAUUGUAGGGCAGAGGAAACAAAACCCGAGCCUGUUGAGCUGGAAGGAGCAGCCCCGGAGGCAACUGGACUGCUUCCCACGCACCGCCCUGCAAAGUCCACUUGUGACCAAGCAAGCGGGCGCUGAUGGCUUUUUUCAGGUGUAAAGGUGUGCCCGGUUUCUUGGAUGGGAACCUAAUGCCUCAGAUUUCUAGACCAAACCCUCCAAAUGUUGGUCCUGGAUUUGUAAAGGCAUUGGCUGGAUUGCUGAGAGGAUACUUUAAAAAUUCUUAUAACAUGAUCCUAAGCAGGCUUGCUCUCAAGCCAGGACUCACCAGAAAUUGUCACAGCUGAUCAUAGCCAUCUGCAGGGAACACAGGGAAAAGAUGGUCUCAAAGAUAUGAUGUCCCCAGACUGUUAAGGACUUUAAAGGAACAUCAAGAUGAAGGCACAUCACUCUGAGAGCAAUCAGACAUGCAAAUAGCCCUUUUAAAGCUGAAGCAAAUACCGGAGGAGGUUUAAAAUAGCAAUACAAGCCUGUUUCUCAUGGAUUACAAGACUGAAGCUAAAAGGAAGCAGCAGCAUAGCUUACAGUUACUGGAUCAAAUAAAAAGUAUGAAAAGUUUAACUGAAAUGAUUGAUGUGGUCUUGGUGGCUGAAGGUGAAAAAUUCCCUUGCCACAAACUGAUUCUGGCGGCUUUCAGCCCUUAUUUCAAAGCCAUGUUUACCUGUGGCUUGGUUGAAUGCACCCAGAAGGAAGUAGUUCUGCAUGACACAUCUGCAGAAAGUGUGUCCGUACUUCUUCACUACAUGUACACCGCCGAGCUACACCUCUCUUAUGGCAAUGUGCAGAGUGUGGCCAUCUCAGCAUUUUUCAUGCAAAUGGAUGAUGUUUUCAACAUGUGUCAGAAAUACAUGAUGGACCACAUGGAUGUUUCCAACUGCGUAGGAAUCUAUUACUUUGCAAAGCAGAUUGGGGCAGAAGAGUUGACUGACCAAGCCAGGAAGUAUUUGUACCAACAUUUUUCAGAGGUGAGCCUGCAUGAAGAAAUAUUAGAGCUAGAAGCGACGCAGUUGCUAAGUGUGAUCCAGUCAGAUGAUCUUAAUGUGUCCAGGGAAGAUACCAUCUUGGAUUUAGUCCUCAGAUGGGUUAACCACAGCAGGAAAUUGCGUGCCGAUAAGCUCAUUGAGCUCCUGAAGCAAGUGAGGCUCAUACUUGUAAGCCCUUCAUUCCUAGUGGAAGCUCGGAAAAGGAACACAGUGCUUCUAAGUAAUUCACAAUGCAGUGAUAUGAUUGAGGAAGCAUUAGAAACUAUCAGGAAAUCCAACCAGCCUCCUCUCACUCUUCGCUAUGGGAUGGAGACGACAGUUAUUCUGCUUUGUAUUGGCAAUAACUCACAGGGAAUCAGAUCAAGACACGGCAACUAUGCUGAUGCCAGCUUCUGCUAUGCUCCUGCAACACAAAAGACUUACUUCAUCUCCUCCCCAAAAUAUGGAGAAGGCCUGGGAUGUGUAUGCUCUGGUGUUGUCAACCAAAACAAUGAUAUCAUUGUGGCAGGUGAGGCAAGUGCUGCCAAAUUGUCAAGACAAAAGACCAGGAAAAUUGAAAUUUAUAGGUAUAACAGCCAGGGAAAUCGAUGCUGGCAAAGUCUGUGUACUGCUCAGCUUCGGGAGCUGUAUGCUCUGGGCACACUUCAUAAUGACCUCUAUGUUAUAGGAGGUCAAAUGAAACUGAAAAACCAAUACCACAUCACAAACUGCGUGGAGAGGUACUCUAUGGAGCAAGAGAACUGGAGGACUGUGGCUCCUCUCCCAGUGCCGUUAGCCUGCCACGCUGUGGUCACUGUGAAAAAUAGGCUGUAUGUAAUGGGAGGAUGGACACCACAGAUGGAUCUCCCUGACGAUGAGCCUGAUCGAUUAAGCAACAGAAUGUUGCAGUAUGACCCGGGCCAAGACAAAUGGACAGAGCGCACCCCAAUGAAGUACUCGAAAUACCGCUUCAGCACAGCUGUAGUCAACAAUGAGAUUUAUGUCUUGGGUGGUAUUGGCUGUCUUGGUCAAGACAGAGGACAGGCACGAAAAUGCCUUGAUGCAGUGGAGAUCUAUAACCCAGAUGGGAAUUUUUGGAGAGAUGGGCCGUCUAUGCCUUAUCCUCUCCUCUCCUUGCGAACUAACGCUACCUGUGCUGGUGCUAUAGAAAGGAAACUCUAUCUCUGUGGGGGAUUUCGUGGAGCAGCUCGGCAUGAAGUUAUCACCAAGGAGAUUCUGGAACUGGACACUUGGGAAAACCUGUGGAAUGUGGUGGCUGUCAAUGUCCUCAUGCAUGACAGCUAUGAUGUCUGUCUUGUUGCUCAGCUGAACCCACGAGAUCUUAUUCCUCCCCCUUCUGAUUUAGUAGAGCAGUAGGGGUGCAGACUUCCUUAGUGGUUUAGCUGAGAAGCUUCCAAUCCAGCCUUCUGUGCAAGUGGUCUAAGGUAUUCCUUAGAUUCCUCGGAGAUUACUUUUCAACAUGGGUGCAACACUGUGAAAUCCAACCACUAUUAUGCAUUUUAUAGAAUCAAAAAUUAAGCUUGGUUGAUUAGUAAAGCUGUGCAAUUUUUUUCUCAUUUUAAAAAAAAUCUUAAUUUUUGUUGUAUUUAUUAACUAUUUGUUUUGAUUGUUACUUCCUCUCCUCCUUUCUCUUGCUUACUGUGUGGGCUGGGUGCCUAGGGCUACAGAUUGCGAUGCUGACCUGGCUAAGCAGUCUGACCUGGCUAAACAGUGGGAAGUAAUAGGAUGCAAACAGAAAGGAAAAGAAUAGGAUGUAAACAGAACGUUUAGGGUUGAAGGGUUAAUAUUCGGUGCAGAAGAAACUGGAAGUCUGUAUUAAAUGAGUACUUUAUAAUUUAGUGAAUUUUUGUCUUUGUGUAUGCUUUGGAUUUUGAUUUUGAAGCACAAAUAAAAACAGUUUUUUAAAAAGGAAGGAAACACAGAUUUUAGAGUACAGAACAUCCACAGCAUGGCAUAUAUCCUACAAAGUCUGAAACCUUCCUCCAGCCUAAGGAGACUUCCUCCAACUUCCUUCAACUCUGGUGGAGGAAGAGCCACUUAAGUUGGAGGAAGGUUUCAACCUUUUCUGAGAAGAGCAGUAGCUUACAUGCCAGUGGGUGCAAUAUGUCGCAAGCCCAUCCUUACAAUACCUCCUGCAGCAAACUGAGCAAGAAUGAUUUUUUCCGUUGCUCUGUUUAUGACUCAUCAAUGUUACCUUGAAAAUCAAUCACCUUAAAAAAAAUUAAAACAUGAAACUGACAAAGGCAGUGGGAACCACAGUAGAACCAGUUUGAGAUGGAACACUGUGCUCUGGUUAAAUCUGUGAGUGUGUUUAUUAGAAAGAAGCAAACUUGUGAUCCUUAUGAUUCAACCCUUGUCUCCUUAUGUGUGCGGUAGGCACGAUGCACCUGACAGUCAAAAUGUGUAUUAUCUCUAAAUUGUCAACACUAAGAAUAAAAAUAAGAUGGAGAUGUAGUUAAGAAAAAGACAAAUGCUGUAGUUACCCAGACAUCAUGCUGUGUUGGGAUGCUGUUGUAAGUAAAAGGCCUCCGAACAUUUUCAUUUAUUAAGAGAGUCAAUAGUUCAAAACCAGUUUAGGGUAUUGUAACGAUCCUUAUGGGUUCUCUCCCACAGAAUGAGAUCUAAAAGAAAAUCUUAUUGAGAUUUACAUAGAAUCACCAUCAUGUAGGAACUUUCUCCUCUUCUGCUGCCUUAAAUAAACGUCCCAAGGUUUAUUUGCUUCUCCCCAUUUCUAACCUGUUCAUCCAAUAAAAGCUACUGUUUUUAA